CUGUCAGUGCCAGUAGGACAGGGGAAUGCAGCAGACAGGACUCACCGUCGUGGCCUUGGCUGUCUGUGUGGCCCUACAUGCCUCAGAAGCCUGCUAAACUGUCUCAACACAAGUGUGCAUAUUCCUGGAGGGAAAGACAGACUUGACCAGCUGCCUUCAAGUUAGCCAUACUUCCCAUUCCCUCCAGCUGUUGCACGGAGGUUUCACAUCAUAUUUCCAGAAGGCUUCUGGAAAGAGUGAAUAUGUGUCGCAUCCAGAGAGCUGAUGGGGACUGUGACUUGGCUGCUGUCAUCCUUCAUGUCAAGCGCAGAAGAAUCUGUGUCAGCCCGCACAACCAUACUGUUAAGCAGUGGAUGAAAGUGCAAGUGGCCAAGAAAAAUGGUAAAGGAAAUGUUUGCCACAGGAAGAAACACCACAGCAAGAGGAACAGUAACCGGGCACAUCAGGGGAAACAUGAAACAUAUGGCCAUAACACUCCUUAUUAGAGAGUCUACAAAUGAAUCUGCAGAGACAAUUCCUCAAGUGGACUUGGCAGUGAUUGGUUGUAAGUUUAUCAUCCGAAUUCUUAUUGUCAGACAACAGAACAAAACAAAAUAUUGGCUUUUAAAAAAUGAAUAAUUGUGGGGUAUGCAAAUAUAGCCAAUAAUAUAAUCAACUGGAAAAUGAAAUGAAAAGAUAAUACUGGCUGAGUACAGUGGUUCACACCUGUAAUCCUAGCACUUUGGGAAGCUGAGUCAGGAGUUUGAGACCAGCCUGGGAAACAUAGCUAGACCUCAUCUCUCCAAAAAAAAAAAAAAAAAACAAUUAGCCCGGCAUGGUGGUACUUGCCUAUAAUCCCAGCCAUUGGGAGGCUGAGGUGGGAGGAUCACUUGAGUCUGGGAGAGUUUGAGGUUGCAGUGAGGAGCCUGGGUAACAGAGUGAGACCCUGACUCUAAUAGUAAUAAUAAUAAUAGCACUUAUCUUCAUAUAAUAUUUUAAGAAGAGCAUAUAGAUAUAACUUUUCCAACUUUUAAAUUAUAGUUCUCCAAACAUACAGAGAAGUUAAAAGAAUGGUACAAUGAACAUCUACAUAUCUUUCACCUAGACUAAUCAUUGCUAAUAUUAUGUCACAUUUGCUUUCUCUCUGUUCUCUUUGUGUUUCUAUAUAAAAUAUUAUACAUUUUUAAAUAUAUCUUGUUUGCCAAACUAUUUUAAAAUAAGUUGCAAACAUCAUGACACUUCACCCCUAAUUUGUUUUUGGUGUUGUAACUUGAUAUACCCUAAAAUAAAGACAUUUUCCUACA